AUGGCGGCACUGCAGUCCUUCGGUCUUGACGUUGUGACGCCGCAACCGGCAGUAGAGCUGGGGACAGACGAAUACGCAGCCCUGCGAGACGGCAUGGCGCGUCGUCUUAACCGUGAGGGUGCGGUGGUGAACGGCUGCAACGAGGCGGGGGUUGUUGUGCGGAUGUGGAGGCAGCGGUCCCACGCAUACGCAAUGGAGCGUGCGGCGCAGGAGGCCAUCGUCACGCACCGUUUGUGCGGUGUGGCGCUCCGCUCGAGGCUCGCAGGCAAGCUCGCCGGGCUGCCAGAGGAGGUGCGCCGGUGCCUCGGCGACUGGGAAGCGGAACGCCUCGAAUAUCUUGUGCGGUUUGCAGCGUGGCUGCAUGUGACGGGGCGGCAAACGGCGCGAACGGACCUCAGCGGGCUGCAAGACCUGCGCCGCCGAUGGAUCACGCUGCAAGUCCACUUCACGCAGUGUGUCGCCGCCGAUGCGCACGUGCGGUCCCAAGUGAAGCACUGCGAGCCGUCCGGUGACGACGCCGUCACCAGCGACCCCGACGCUGUCGUCUGCGUUGGUCCGCAGGGCUGCGGCAAGUCCACAUUCUCCCGCACCCUGUACGCUCCGCUGCGCCAGGCAGGGCUUUCGCCAUGCUGGAUCAACCAAGACGAGGCCGGGGGAAGGCGGCAGUUUCUUGACGCCAUUCGGCGCGCGCAGCGAGGGGCCACACGCACCUAA